AUGACCUUCCUUCCGGGCCACAUCAAGGAGCAACGUGAAAUGUUCGUGAGCGGUCACACAGGGACGUCCAUGUUCCACGUGUCUGCGCUGGUUACCAUCGUUUUCAUGCUCUCCGCGCAGCGCCAGCUUCUGCCGUUCCUGCCACCCUGCAUAAGACCUCCAGAGCUCCCCACACCAGGGUUGCAACUUGCUGCGUCAGUGACAGCAGAUGCUCUCCUCGUUAUCAUUCCCUCCCUCCUCACCCUCACGGUCUUGAAGGAUCACCUCACAAUCACAUUCAUUCUUCUCGCAGCUAUUCUUACGACAACAGCAACUUUGGCCACCCUUAAUACCUCAGGUCCUUACCUGCUGAACAGCUCCUCGUGGCCCCUCUCCCCACCAUCCGUCACCGAUUCGGUCAUCACCUUCAGAGCACUCCUGAUGCUGCUGACGUGCACGGCCAUUCUAGCUGUCGACUUUGACAUCUUCCCUCGCAAUUAUGCCAAGACUGAGCGAUACGGCACCUCCCUGAUGGAUCUAGGAGUGGGCAUGUUUGUCAUCGCCAACACAGCCUCUCAAUUCGGAUCAUCCAGGAUCAGGACAGCCGGAGCAAGAAAGACACAUGUAUCCAUCCAACGAUUCUCCCGCAAGCUGCUGCCUCUGCUAGUGCUUGCCAUUGGACGGCUGCUGCUGACCAAAGUCACCAACUACCAGGAGCACAGCAGCGAGUACGGCGUGCACUGGAACUUCUUCUUCACCCUCGCUGCCGUGCUCUCCCUCGCUCGCCUCUUCCCCACGCCCAUCCGCCACCACCCCUCGCAACUGCCCCCGGGUUUCUUCCGUAGCCUCACUCCGCCCGUGCUGCUUCUGAUUGGGUACCAGGCAUGGCUGUCGUGCAUGGGAGGCAGCGAGUGGGUGUUGUCAGAUGACAGGGAAGCCACGUCCCUGAUCUCGCUCAACAAGGAGGGCAUUUGUAGCACAGUAGGCUACCUGAGUCUCUACCUCAUCUCUCUUCACUUUGGCACCUUCCUCAACUCCUCCUACUCUGCAAUUCGCUCAGCGCACGGUCCUCUCUUCGCCAUCGUCAAUCAGCUGCUGCCCCUUGACCUCUUCCUCUGGCUGGUAACCUUAGUAGCGCAUCAAUACAUCGAGCAAACCUCCCGACGCUCCUGCAAUCUCGCAUUCGUCUGCUGGAGCCUGGCUCAAGGCGUUCAUGCUAUUCUCAUCGGGGAGCUCACCUGUCGCUCUCCCUCGCUUGUCUUCCGAGCCAUUGCUCGCUUCAUGCUCCCCACCUUCCUAAUGGCGAAUGUAGGGACCGGGCUUGUCAACAUCACCAUGGAUACAUUAUCCCAACCACCACUCACUGCCAUUGCUAUCAAUGCGACUUACUUGGCUGCUAAUGAGAUAGAAUCCCAACGGCCUCGAGUUGCUUACCUAUGUCGGUUCUCCGCUUUCGAAAAGGCUCAUCGCCUGGAUCCCACGUGCAAGGGACGCGGGGUUCGCCAGUUUAAGACAGCGCUGCUCGAGCGGCUAGAGAGGGACAACCCGAUAACCCUGGAGAAGCGACAACGCAGCAGCGAUGCUCGAGAAAUCGCGUCCUUUUACCAGCAGUACUAUCAGAACUAUGUCAAGGCCAUGGAUGACGCAGAGAAUGUCGACCGAGCGGAGCUCGCUCGCGCGUACCAGACUGCAGGCGUGCUGUUCGAGGUUCUCUGCGCCAUCAACCAGACCGAGAAGUCGGAGCUCGCGCCGGAGGUUAUGGAGGCGGGUCAGCGAGUGGUGGAGCGCAAAGCGGAGUACGUGGCGUUCAACAUUCUGCCUCUGGACCCCUCCAGUGCCAAGCAGCCCAUCAUGCAGCUACCGGAGGUGGUGGCGGCUAUGGGGGGAGUGACGAACGUGAGCGGGCUUCCCAUUCUGUGGGAGGUGCCGCCGGGGCAGAAGCUGAAGCAGUUCGACUCGCUUGAUUGGCUGCGAUUCGUCUUUGCUUUCCAGAAAGACAACGUUCGCAAUCAGCGUGAGCAUUUGGUGCUGCUGCUGGCGAACGCGCAUAUCAGCCUAAAGAGCCCCCGGCCUGAACCUCUCGAGGAGUUGGACAACCGAGCAGUGGAGAAGGUACUGGAGGGGUUGAUCAAGAACUACCGCAGCUGGUGCCGCUACAUCAAGUGCAAGAGCAACGUCAUCAUGGAUCCUGGGCUGACCCCCAUCCAGCAGCAGCAGAGGAAGGUGCUGUUCACGGCGCUGUUCCUGCUCGUGUGGGGCGAAGCAGCUAACCUACGCUUCAUGCCCGAAUGCCUCUGCUAUAUCUACCAUAACAUGGCAGCGGAGCUGCUAGCAGUGCUGCGAGGCAAGGGCCCUGAGGCCAAGCAACGCCUGCCCGCGUACGGACGCGAGGCGGAGGGAUUUCUCCGCUACGUCGUCACGCCUGUGUAUGACGUGGCGUCGAAGGAGGCCCAGGCGGCCGUGGGAGGCGCGGCGCACUCGUCAUGGCGGAAUUACGAUGACCUGAACGAGUUUUUCUGGUCCAAGAACUGCUUCGAGCUGGGAUGGCCGUGGAACGCCAGCUCGCCCUUCUUUGCGGGGCCAGCACCCAACCUGCAUGCGGGAAGCUUCAAGGGAGCUGUGAACUGCUGCCCACUGCCAGGGAGCGAGCGCAUGGGGAAGGAGGGGUUUGUGGAGCACCGCACUUGCCUGCACCUGUUCCGAGACUUUGAUCGCAUGUGGGCCUUCUUCAUCUGCUGCCUUCAGGCGAUGAUCAUUAUGGCGUGGAACCCCCCCUGGUACAGCACGUUCACGAGCAUUGACAAGUUCCGCAAGGUCACCAGCAUCUUCAUCACGCUCGCAGGCAUCUACUUCCUCAAAUCUCUAACGGACGUGUUCCUCAGCAUCGGCCUGUACCGCACACAACCCUGGACAUCCUCCCUCCGCCUGCUGCUCAAGGCGAUCUGGUUCGCGGGGUGGUUCGUGGUGCUUGCGAUCUCCUACUCCAUGGCCGUGACGGACGCGACGGGGAUAGUGUCAACGGUGCAGGGGUGGAUAGGCGUGACCGGCAGUCCGAACGUGUACUUUGCGGUGUGCGUGCUGUACCUGGUGCCGUACGUGCUCGCGCUGGGGCUCUGGAUCAUGCCCUGCAUCCACCGGUUCCUGGAAAACUCCAACUGGAUGAUCUUCAGGGUUAUCCUCUGGUGGUCGCAGCCAGCGGAGUACGUUGGGCGGGGCAUGCAGGAGUCACAGGUCACGAUUCUCAACUACACGUUGUUCUGGGUGGUGCUGAUAGCGGCGAAGCUGGUGUUCAGCUUCAAGUUCCAGAUCGAGCCACUGGUGGCGCCGACAGAUCAGAUCAUGGCUACCACCAACGUGGUGUACUCGUGGCACAAGCUCAUCCCCACAGACCUCAACAUCUUCGCUGUCAUCACGCUCUGGGCUCCAAUCAUCCUGGUUUAUUUCAUGGACACGCAGAUCUGGUAUGCUGUCAUGUCAACGCUCCUGGGAGGCAUUACCGGCGCGUUCCAGCGCCUGGGAGAGAUCCGCAACUUGAAGAUGCUGCGUCAGCGGUUCCGCUCGCUGCCUGGUGCGUUCAACGCGAACCUGGUGCCAGCGCAGCGCCUGCAGCGCAGUGCCUUCUCACUCGCCCGCACGUACCGUGAGCCCGACAAGAACACCAAGGAGGCUGCGCGCUUUGCACAGCUGUGGAACGAAGUCAUUGUCAGCUUCAGGGAGGAGGAUUUGAUCAGCAACAGGGAGAUGGAUCUCAUGAUGGUGCCUUACUCCUCUGGCGAUCUCUCCAUCGUGCAAUGGCCGCCCUUCCUCCUCGCCAGCAAGGUACCGCGAGCAGUGGAGAUGGCAGUGAAGGGCGCCAAGGGGCGCGACAGCGAUGUGUGGCAUCGCAUCUCCGCAGACUCGUACAUGCGCUUUGCGGUCGAGGAGGCCUUUGCCACGCUGCAGCACAUCCUGACCACCCUGCUCAUAGGGGAGAACGAGAAAUUUGUGGUGAAUGGGCUGCUCAAGGAGGUGAAGCGCAACAUAGACAAUGGCACGCUCUUCACUGUGCUGCGCAUGAAGGCCCUCCCUGCCUUCAUCACCAGUGUGGUGGAGCUGGUGCAGCUGCUGGCUGAUAUCGCCGAGGCAGAUGGGGUUAAGAAGACUGCCGGCCGCCCCGCCACACCGGGGACGGCAGGAACUGGCAAUACUCCAGGAGGAGGGGGAGGGGGAGGGUCUCCAGAUGGGAAGGGGAAGGGGAAGGAGAAGGAGGAGGCGGGGAGCAGUAAGGGCAACGGGGGGGGCAAGGUGGCAGGGAGUCAGGAGGAGAAGGACAGGAAGAGUGCGCUGAUCCGAGGGUUACAGGAUCUGUUUGAGGUUUUCACCUGUGAUCUGAUCUCUCAAACCAUGCGAGAGGCAAUGUCCGCCCAUGGGGGACCCCUCUCAGAGGCACGCACGGUUCAGCUCUUUGCUGCUGCUGGAGGGGCGAAGAACCAGGGAGCGGGGAGAGUGGGGGUGCUGUAUCCGCCCCCUAAAACCCCGGCUUGGUGCGAGCAAGUGAAGCGGUUCCUCCUGCUGUUGACGUGCCGGGAAGCAGCAAUGGAUGUGCCUACCAACCCUGAGGCGCGCAGGAGGAUCUGUUUCUUCACAAACUCGCUGUUCAUGGACAUGCCGCAUGCGCCGCGUGUGCGGUUCAUGCCGUCGUUCAGCGUGCUGACGCCGUACUACUCGGAGGAUGUGAUGUAUGGGGCGAGGCAGCUGAACGAGGAGAAUGAGGACGGCGUGUCAAUCUUGUUCUACCUGCAGAAGAUCUACCCGGAGGAGUGGAGCAACUUCUUGGAGCGCAUGGGGUGCGAGUCAGAGGAGGAGUUGGUGGCGAGGGAGAAUGGCGACCGGGAGCUGAGGGCGUGGGCCUCCAACCGCGGACAGACGCUGUGGCGCACAGUGCGUGGGAUGAUGUACUACAAGCGGGCCAUGGAGCUACAGGCGUUCCUAGACAUCUCCACAGACCAAGAGUUCUCGGCCGGUUACCGUGCACUGAAGCAGGCAGCGCGCAAGGGAGAUGUCAGCAGCAGGGCGACGUGGAAGCAGAUUGAGGCGGUCACGGAUCUCAAGUUCACAUACGUCGUCGCCUGCCAGCUGUACGGGCAGCAGAAACAAGCGGGCGACCAGCGGGCAGCUGACAUUUUCGAGCUCAUGAAAACCCAUGAUGCCCUGCGGGUGGCGUACAUCGACGAGGUGGAGGUGGAGGAGAAGGGGCGCGUGUGCAAGGAGUAUUUCUCCGUGCUCGUCAAGGUUUCUAGGGGCGUGGAGCAGGAGAUUUACCGCGUGCGCCUGCCAGGGCAGGCCAAGCUGGGCGAGGGCAAGCCGGAGAACCAGAACGCUGCUAUCAUCUUCACCAGAGGAGAGGCGCUGCAGGCGAUUGACAUGAACCAGGAUAACUACCUGGAAGAGGCGUUCAAGAUGCGGAAUCUGCUGCAGGAGUUUGGGGGCGGGGAGGGGGUGCUGUCGAAGUGCAUGGGAUCCCGGCCGCCCACGAUUCUGGGGGUGCGGGAGCAUAUUUUCACGGGCUCGGUGUCUUCGCUGGGGUGGUUCAUGUCGUGCCAGGAGAGCAGCUUUGUGACAAUUGGACAGAGGAUCCUUGCAUGGCCUCUCAAAGUGCGCUUCCACUACGGCCACCCAGACGUGUUCGACCGGCUCUUCCACAUCACUCGCGGCGGCGUGAGCAAGGCAUCACGCGGAAUCAACCUGAGCGAGGACAUCUACGCAGGCAUCAACAGCACGCUGCGCCGUGGAGCAGUCACACACCACGAGUACAUCCAAGUGGGGAAGGGGCGAGACGUGGGGCUCAACCAGAUCUCACUGUUUGAGGCCAAGGUGGCGAAUGGAAACGGCGAGCAGGCGCUGAGUCGGGAUAUCUACCGUGUCGGGUCGCGGUUUGACUUCAUGCGCUCGCUCUCGGCGUAUUUCACAACCGUGGGGUUCUAUGUCAGCUCCGUGAUCGUGGUGCUGACGGUCUAUGCCUUCCUGUACGGACGUGUGUACCUGUCACUGAGUGGCGUGGGCAGAUCCCUAAUGAACAACGCCAACAUCUCCGGAUCCGACUCGCUCCAGUCAGCCCUCUCCUCGCAAGCCCUCGUGCAGCUGGGUCUGCUCAUGGCCCUCCCAAUGCUCAUGGAGAUGGGGCUAGAGAGGGGGUUCCGCACUGCCAUGGUGGAUUUUAUCCUCAUGCAGCUGCAGCUCGCUUCUGUGUUCUUCACGUUCUCGCUCGGGACCAAGGCACAUUUCUUUGUGCGGACGAUCAUGCAUGGGGGGGCCAAGUACCGGCCGACAGGGCGCGGGUUUGUGGUGCGGCACGAGAAGUUUGCGGAGAACUACCGGCUGUUUGCACGGUCGCAUUUCACCGUCGCGCUCGAGUUCCUCCUGAUGCUGAUUGUGAUUGCGAUCUAUGGAGAGAGCAUGAGCUCGAGCAACGGGUUGAGCUACUUCCUGGUGACAUUCUCCAUGUGGUUUCUCUGCCUCUCGUGGCUGUUUGCGCCAUUUGUGUUCAACCCGUCGGCGUUUGAGUGGCAGAAGGUGGUGGAGGAUUGGGAGGACUGGAACAGGUGGAUCGGGGCGUAUGGGGGGAUCGGAGUGAAGGGGGACAGGAGCUGGGAGUCAUGGUGGGAGGAGGAGCAGGAGCAUCUGGUGCACACGGGGUGGGUGGGGCGGCUGGUGGAGGUGGUGCUGUCCCUGCGCUUUCUCAUCUACCAAUAUGGCAUGGUGUACACACUGGAUGUCAAUAAUGGCAGCACCAGCCUGCUGAUCUAUGGCAUAUCAUGGCUGGUUGUGCUUGGGCUUCUGAUUGUUUUCAAGGUCGUGUCUAUGAGCAGCAGGCGCUUUGGAGCGGACCUGCAGCUGCUGUUCCGCAUCAUCAAGGCAGUCACCUUCUGCUGCCUCGUCAUUGCACUCGCCCUCAUCAUCGGUCUCACCUCCUUCACCUGGAGAGACCUCUUCGCGUGCAUUCUUGCUGCCAUCCCCACUGGCUGGUUCAUGCUCCAGGUCGCCCAGGCGAUUCGUCCCAUCAUUCCCAGCAGCAUGUGGGACUCGGUGAAGGGCCUGGCGGUACUGUAUGAGUACCUGUUUGGGCUCAUCCUCUUCAUCCCCAUCGCGGUCCUGGCUUGGUUCCCCUUUGUCUCGGAGUUCCAGACGCGCCUUCUCUUCAACCAGGCGUUCAGCAGGGGGCUGCAGAUCUCUCGUAUUCUCGCAGGGAAGAAGAAGGCUUGA